AUGGACUCUCCUAUAGAGGUCAAUAUUGCUGCAACUAAAGCGUUUGGAAAUUUUCACGAGGCAAACCGAAAAAGAUUACCUCCUACUACACCAGUCCAAAGUCCCCCUCAAGCUAAAUGGAGCAAACCUCCUCCAGGUUACUUUAAAGUCAACUGUGAUACCUCUUUCCUUCAGCAUAAUGCCUCGGGAGGUCUAGGCUACAUCAUCAGGGACUCGCUUGGGAGAGUGAUAGCAGCUGUAUCUCAACCCAGCCAAUUCACUUCCCCUCUUCAGGGUGAAGCUCUUGCGCCGCGCACUGUGCUUCUUGAAGCCAUCUCGGAAACUCUCGAUAGAGUUCAUGUGGAAUCAGAUAACAGGGAUCUCAUUCUCUACUUGGAGAACCCAGGAAAGGCUCCACCCUCCACAUUGAGCCCCAUUUUAGAGGACAUCAGAUUCAUCGCCUCUCAGUUUGAGACUUGUUUGUUUUUUCACAUUUCAAGGGAUAUCAACUCAGUAGCUAAUUACCUUGCCCAGAAAGCCUCAUCCCUAGCAUGUAGGACGUCAUGGUCUAUUUCCACUGCCUGGCUUCGGGAUCUAUGUAACUCAGAUGCCUCGGCUUUUGCCGCUUCAAUAAAUUUUUAA